AAAAUAUUUCUUAGCUAUUCGAGAGGCGAAUAUUUAAUCAUUUGUGUUCCACCUUUUUUAUACUUCCGAUCAGCUCAUAGGGCUCUUCUGGUCUAUUAAGUAGAUGGUGAGGUCCAAGCUUACCCUGCCGCUGCUGACUCUAGUGCGCCCUUUAACCGAAUAAGUUGGAGUGGCCCACUGAAGCUCCCCUCUUUCUGUUGUGGUCCUAUGCUCAACUCGAAUUGAUCUAUAGUUUGUGUAGAAAAUUGUCGCUGUAUAUACUUGUAUAGUUCCAAUUGGGGGCAAGAUCCGGUGAUCGAUUAAGUCCAAUGUGAAACCUUCCCUGGCUAACACAUCUUCAACCUCAUUACCGGCAAUGUUGUGGCGACCAUGUACCCAAGCUAGGUGUACUUCCAACUGACGCCCUAAUCAGAGUGGAAAACACUUGCCAAGUCAGAUGACUCCAUGGAUGACGCACCCUUAUCGCCGAAUGUUUGCCUAUCACCUAAGUCAAUGCUACGUCUAGUCGUCGAUCACGAUGACUUACACAAACGUAAGCUAUACAAGACCUACACGUCCGAUGGCGUAGCGAAAACGCACAACUCCGAGGCAGAGUAUAAUGAGUUCAUCAACCAGGUACAGUUAACGCCAGUGGCUUUUAUGAAACUCUGCCCAGCGCUGUUAGCGCAAAUCGACCAGCAUGUGUGUGUGCGACCAGCGCCGCUAACAAAUGGCGACAACCCCAAGCAGGCAUUGUGGAAUGCUUGGAUUUACGCCAGCAUUUCCAUAUUCAUACUCUCCGCAUGUGGGCUGCUGGGCAUCCUGCUGGUGCCGCUGAUGAAAACAAUUGCCUAUCAGGAGAUCUUAAAGUUCCUUGUCGCUGUGGCUGUGGGUACACUGGCCGGUGACGCAUUGAUGCAUUUACUGCCACACGCUCUGGUGCCCGAACAUGGCGCGCAUGAGUCUAGCACAGCAGAGUCUGAACACGACACUCAUGAGGCAGUUUGGAUCUGUGCAUGCGCAUUCUUCACUUGCAUUUUUAUGUACAUACUGGAGCAUACCUUACCGCUGCUGCGAGGCGAGAACGCCAAAGGACAUGGACACAGCCAUUCACAUGGCGGGCACGCCCAUACGCAUAGUCAUGCGCACGCACAUCACAGUGAGCAUGCGUCAGCUGAUAAAACGUCCAAAAAUGGAAUUGAUGCCGAUAGCAUGGUGUCACCGGUCAACACCGACGCCAAGGAAAUCAAUAUAAUGUUGCACGAAACCAAAAAAGAUGAAAAGUCGCCAUCACGUCCGCUCACACCAGUAGCCUUUAUGGUUGUCAUCGGUGACGGGCUGCACAAUCUCACCGACGGUUUAGCGAUCGGUGCCGCCUUUGCCAGCGAUCCAGUGACGGGCAUGGCGACUGCCUUUGCCGUACUCUGUCACGAACUGCCACACGAGCUGGGCGAUUUCGCGCUACUCCUGCAGACGGGAGUGUCGCUGCGACGCGCAGUCUACUUGAACAUUGUCAGCUCUGUUUUGAGUUUUGUGGGCAUGGCUAUUGGGUUGUUCAUAGCUGGCGCGCAUGGAAAUAUGACACAGUGGAUUUAUGCCGCCACAGCGGGCUCGUUCCUCUACAUAGCGCUAGCCGAUCUGGUGCCGGCAAUGAGUGAGGCGGAGACGCAUACGGGAGAUGCUAAAAGUAAACUUCUCAUACAGAUUGGCGGCAUGCUGCUGGGUGGUUUUAUAAUGUUGGCCAUUGCUGUGAAUGAAGAGGCGCUGGCAGAGCUUUUUAAGUGAAGAAUAAAAGUACCCCCUGGAGAAAAAUGAGUAUAAAUGGAAGGCAUACAUUCCCGAAAUAGCAUUUAAAAUAUUUUGAAUGAAUUUUUGAAGAACAGUUUUAGUGGACUAAUAUUUAAACUCCCAGCUAGUUCCGAUAUUCUGUAAAGUUUGUCUUAAGUGUUAAAGUAUUAUUAAUUAUAUUUUAGUUAGUUUUAAUUUUUAGCUCAAAAGUAGAAACGUAUAACGAAACAGGUAGUUUUAAAGAAAAGAUUACCUUAAAGUGCAUUGCCAAGUAUGUAUGUUUAUUAUUUGUACAUUAGACUGCAUUACCAAAAAAAAGUUACGGUUUUCCGCCGGGGUUACAAAACCUAUUUAUAUUUGAAGAAGUCCACCAUAAUAUAUCGGAAAAAUAUUCAAAUUUACGUGAGCUGGACCGAUUUGAAAAUACCGCCAAAAAUGGAUUUAUUUUAUGAAUAAAAAUAGUUUUCUAAGAACUUUUUGAAAAAAUCCCCUCAGAUGAAGAUUGGUUUAAGAAAAACUUUGAUAUCUGGGCCAAAACUAUUCCGAUUUAGACUUAUGAGGUAUCAGUGGAAAAGUAUUUCCCCACUCUUUUUUUUAUUUGCAAAAAAACUCAUCACGUCCCAUUUUUUCCAAAUGCCGGAGCAUCUUAAUUCAACUUGGAAUGACGCUCGUUCAUCCUACC